AUGGAGGCAGGACGCAUUGUGAAAGAAGUCACUGAUUUUCUCACAAAAGCACUCAGCAGAGAGGAUCUGGAGCACCUGAUAACUGAAGAUGGAGCCUGGAAGGCGUUUGUGGAGGCAGCAGCGUUGUCAAGUGAGCAGGAAGCUGUAUUGCAUGAUGUUCUGGAGAAGCAUUUAGCACAGGAGCCCGCAGAUGAAAAUGAUGAGCCUCAAAAGCAGCAGCAGAAAGAGAAUUUUUUGAAAGAAUUUCCUGAGUUGAAAAGGAAACUUGAAGAACACAUCAGGAAGCUCCGAGCUCUGGCUGACCAUCUUGACCAGGUGCACAGGGCCUGCACCAUCUCCAAUGUGGUGUCCGGCUCCAGCAGCAUCGCCUCUGCACUCCUUUGUUUAGGCAUGGGAUCCAUUACAGGAGGGGCUAGUCUGCUGCUCUCAGCAGCCUCCUUGGGGCUGGCAGCCAGUAUAACUAGUCUCACCACCACCAUUGUGGAAGAGUCAAGCCGCUUGUCAGAUGAAAGUGAAGCCAGUCGCCUGGUUGGAGCCAGCAUGAACAUACUGAACACGAUUAUGAAGAUCGUGCCUAUGAUCACAGUCAAACUUGGUAAUACAAGCUUGACUUUAGUCAGGACCUGGAAAGCCUUCAAAGAGCAGAUUGAUGCCAUCCGGACAGCCAAAGCCAGCUCUCACUUAAGAGCAAGGGCUACAGGACGCAUCCCUGGCCAAGGCUCAAGGCACGUGGGGAAGACAUUACCCAGCCUUGCUCUCCCAGUGACCAGAGGAGCCAGGAUUAGAACAGUAGGCUUUACCAGUAUCAUCCUUGCUUUGGAUGUGUAUCGCCUGGUGACUGACUCCAUGGAUUUGUACAAUGGAACGCCAACACAGUCGGCUACAGCACUGAGGGACCUGGCUAACAAGCUGGAGGAGAAGCUGCAGAACUUUGAGCAGAUCCACAAGGCUCUUCAGUCGGACCUGCCUCACUGA